CACUCUAGUUCCCUGGUCUAAAAUAUCUUCGUCUGCACUUUUUGGAGAUUUUUAGUCCGGAGCUCGCGUUUCCAAAUCCACUUCCGGCUCGCGUCCCAUGGGAGACGAACCCGGUGGCGGCGCCGACGCGGUCCCGCCGGCGACGGAGGCGGCGAUGGUGGUGGUCGUGGACGAGGAGAGGCGGGCGACGCUGCUGCGGAACAUAACGGUGGAGGGGGGUUUCGCGUACGUGAGCUCGGCGGAACUGGCGGCCGGUGGGGACCUCCGGGCAGCGGAGGCGGCGAGGGAGAUGGCGUGGGAGCAGCUCCACUCUGGGCCGUGGCACGAGGUCGUCCCGGCUUGGCGGGACGCUUACGCCAUGGCUUGCCUCCACGUGGCGGAGCUCCGGGCCGGCGCUGGCGAUCGCCGGGAGGCCCUCCGGGCGCUCGACAUGGGGCUGAUGAUGGGCGGCCCGCUCCUCCGCUGCGAUCUCCACGCCGCGGUGGAGAGAAUCAUGGCGAGGAGCGGCGAAGGGAAGGCGGAGGGAUCCGACGGGGGGGAUUCAGUGGAGAGGUGGAAGGAGGAGUUCUCCAAGAACUGGGACUUGACGGAGGUGCUUCGAGUUCUGCCAAGCAGAUCAUUAUCCUGCAAAAUAGUCGAGAAACGGUCAUCCCUUUCUUUGGAGACAUUUAUACGCGAUUAUUUUUUACGUGAUUGUCCGGUUAUAAUCAGUGGCUACAUUGAUCAUUGGCCUGCAAGGACAAAAUGGAAAGACAUUGAGUAUUUGAAAAGGAUUGCAGGAGAUCGAACUGUCCCUGUUGAGGUUGGAAAGAAUUAUCUCUGCUCUGAGUGGAAGCAAGAGCUAAUCACCUUCUCUCAGUUUCUUGAGAGGAUCUGGUCCACUUACAGUUCUGCCAACAUGACAUACCUAGCUCAGCAUCCCUUGUUCGAUCAGAUACAAGAGCUGCGCAAUGACAUCAUGAUUCCAGACUACUGUUUUGCUGGUGGCGGGGAGCUCCAGUCUCUAAAUGCUUGGUUUGGUCCACUUGGAACAGUGACACCACUGCACCAUGAUCCACACCAUAAUCUUUUUGCUCAGGUUGUGGGCAGAAAGUACAUUAGACUCUAUCCAGCUUCAGUUUCAGAGGACUUGUACCCUCAUAGUGAGUCCAUGCUGAGCAAUUCCAGCCAGGUGGACCUUGACAAUAUUGACCUGAAAGAGUUCCCUAAGGUAGAAGAUCUGGACUUCACAGAUUGUAUCUUAGAGGAAGGUGAUAUGCUUUACAUUCCACCCAAGUGGUGGCAUUAUGUGAGGUCACUUUCCACAAGCUUCUCUGUUAGUUUUUGGUGGAGUGGCACAGGGCCAUCAUAGUGUUUAUAGUAGUUGUCUUAUAAUUUUCCAUACCAUUUGCCUUACGGGUAUUGGACAUCCAAUGAUAGAAAUUUAGAACCUCAUUCUACCCACUAUUUGCGAUCCAUCAUCAUGGGAACGUCAUGUUAACUUAUACAUGGUUGUUUUUGUCUACUGAUUGAAGAAAAUAUACCAUAACAAACUUUCUAGUUAUCAAA